GUCAGACUGGAAGUGUUGAAGUGUUAGCACAAAGCAGGAGAGCAACAGACCGCUCCUAAAACAUGGCUCUAAAUCGGAACCACACGCAAAACGGCGGCGUUUUGAUAAACAACGGCGAAAGCGUUUUGAGGGAGUGUAAGAAUGUGGAGCUCACGUUCAGCGAUUUCUCCUACAAGACGGAUCUGCUCAAGGGGACCAAGAAAGGCAUCAUCUACCUGACACCAUACAGGUUAGUGUUUGUGUCCACCAACACCAAGGACUGCCUGGGUUCUGCCAUGUUUCCCUACUAUCUGAUGAAGGGCUGCAGCAUUGAGCAACCAGUCUUUGGAGCUAACUACAUUAAAGGGACAGUGUCAGCUGAGCCUGGUGGUGGUUGGGAGGGACAGGCUCAUUUCAAGUUGACAUUCACAAGUGGAGGAGCCAUCGAGGUGGGACAGCAACUCUUCAAACUGGCCACAAAUGCAUCUCGCGCCGCUCCUGCUCAGAAUGGAGCGGCCUCGUACGGCUACCCCUCACCGAUGAUGAAUGGCUAUGGGCCAUCUCCUGCUGCUCCUCCCGGCUAUCCUUACCCUCCUCCUCAGCAGAAUGGAUUCUACCAGGCUCCCCCCGGUGCUGUAAACAUGGGCUACCCCGACCCAACCGCCGCUGCAGGAAUGUACCCAUCUGGUUUUGACUACAUGGCUCCACCUCCCCCUUACCCUGGGCCGCCUCAAAAUUGGCCUGCGCCCCCCCAGAACUGGACAGCACCGCCACCACCUCCAGGUAACUCCAAGGCGGCCGAAGCAGCAGCUGGCAGCACGUUUUACAACCCCGGCAACACAAACCAUGUCUACAUGCCCAUGGAGCGGCCCCCACCUUAUGCACCUUUCCCGAACUCUCCUGAGAAGAAGAACAACUGAGACUCGGCCACCAUCACUUCAACGACACUCCCGUAGCUUUUUCUGUCUCUUAAAUAUAUUCCAAAGUAAGAAGCAAGUUUUGACGGAUCCCUGCUCCAAUGUAGAACACAGCAAGUCUCAGAAGGCUCAAAAUAUCAGCCAGAUUCCAACAACCAAUCAGUGAUAUUCGUGGAAGUGCUAAAGAAACAUAUUUCCUCAGUUGCUUAAAAAUAAUCAUCAAAUUUUGAUAAUUCUUUUAUUAAUAACGUUUUUGGUAACGUAGCAGACUACAUUUGGUCUGAUUUUAGGUCAGUUGAAGCUUCCCUGUUUGCAGUUGAGAGUCAGAGGGAGUGUGGAGAAUGUAUUUUUACAGACAGAUGUAUUACCAAAAUACUCUCUAGCAUCUUAUUGAUUUCAGUUCCUAUUAGUUCCUAACAACAGAAGAUCUUAGUACAAACAGUACUUGCAGUGUUUCUUUGUAUGGUUUUACAAUCUGUAGUUAUCCGCCGUAUACAAAAGGUGAAGUGUGUUGAAGAGGGUUCAGUGGGAUGAUUGAUACUUUACUUUCUCUCCAAGAGGCUUCGUGAAUUCACAACCUGUUCUCAGAUAUUCAGUUCAGUUCCACUACUAAGUUGUUAAUAGGUUCGGGGGGAAAAAGCUGGGAUCAGAAAUAUUUCUUACUAAGCAGAUAUUUGUACGUGCAAUAUUUGAACCUGGCUUUGACGAGGUUAUGGGUGACCCGCUGGGGUCAGAUGGAUGACCCCGAUGCCCGAGCUUCUCUUGUAUUCAUGCAUGGAAAGUCAGGCUGAAACCGGAGCUCCUCUCUUUCAGUAAUUACAGUAGUGUGGGGUUACAGGCCUGCAGUGAUUUAUUGAGCGCCUGUCAGUGUUUCUCUGCUGUCCCAGCUUCUUGAGUUUUUUUAAAUGGGGUGAGGAACUAACAGAUCAUAUAUUCACAAUAUUCCCUCCCACCCCGGCACCUGUUUGAAGGACUAUUUGCACAGUUGAAAUGGAUAGAGUGGAGUUUAAUUUGCUUGAUUAAAUCAAUUAUCUGUAUAGUAAUAUCUCUUCUGCAGUUCUUGUUUCUCUUGCUGAAUUUUGUCUGUCAAUUAAAAAUCAAAUAAAUUUGACAUUUACUAAAACA